AUGAAGGGCAAACUCUACUCCAAGCACAAAGACAAGGACCAGGACAAGUACGGAAGAGGGGGGAGCUCACAAAACAUGAGUGCCUUCAAGAGGCUCUCCUCCAAAGUCCUAGGAGAAUCCAUUAGCAAUUUCGAUUUGAGUAAAACACUAGACAAGCUAGACGAGCAUGUAAAGCAGUACCCCUUGUUGGAUGACCUGGGGAGGAAGUAUGGUGUGAAGCCCUCCUACGUCAUUGUUGGUGUGGGCGGGUUUCUGUUGCUCUCACUUAUCCUUGGCUGGGGCGCGGCACUCAUUUGUAACGUCGUUGGUUUUGCUUACCCAGCGUACCAGUCCUUCAAAGCAGUCGAGUCUCAGUGCAAAGACGAAACCAAGUUGUGGCUGACCUACUGGGUGGUCUACUCUCUGUUCUUUUUUUUCGAGUACCUGAUUGAUAUUAUUUUAUUUUGGGUCCCCUUUUAUUAUUUGCUCAAGCUCCUGUUCCUCCUGUUCCUGUACAUGCCGCAAUUCAGGGGAGCGGAAACUGUGUAUAAUUAUAUAAUACGCCCCAUCCUCCUCAAGCACGAGAAGACGAUCGACGACACUGUGCAGAAGAUUAGCCAAACGGCUACCAGCCACCUCACGCAGAUCACUGGAAACCUCACAGAGAAGCUCGUGCAUGAUGGAAUUCGCAGGAGAAAUUUGUGA